CUCCGGAGACGGGGCGAUUCCGAACCAACUUCCCGCCCGUUAUCUUUUCAAAAAACCGUACUCUAUUCUAUUGGUCCGUCGGCCUCCGGCACACACACUCACACACUUCCAACUGAUUUCUUCAAAUUUACCGAAAGUAUUCCCUCCGACGCACACAUUUACCGCCGCUGUGGCCGCGGCUGUCACUAAUUCCCGACGACAGCGACGACGAAGAGUCAAACAGACAAAGGUGAUCCAGUCAAUUGUUCGCUAAUCCAAGAAAGAGAUAGCUGAUUUCUUAUUUUAUGAUUGAUGGAUGAUGUAAUUGCAAGGUAGAUGUGUAUUUACUCAUUGACAUUGCCAAGGUGUCCGAAAGCUGUUUAAGAUACUUGCUGCUUCCUUUAGACAUGAACAAUAAGGAGAAUACAAGUAGUAACUGGUCGGAAGGACCGAUAUUAAAAAUGGAGCCUAUGCAGAUGAAGAAAAAGAAAAAGGGAGGAUAUAAUUUGCGCAAAAGCAUUGCAUGGAAUAGGGCAUUUUUCACUGACGAAGGAGUCCUGGACCCAGAGGAGUUAUCAUUGAUUAGUGGGACAGUUGUAAGUUCUUCUAUAGAGGGCAUGUCAACCAUUAAUGAAGAAGCCAUGGAUUCUCGUGUUGAAGAUGAUCAGUUUAUCACUGGUUCUCCAACUCUUCAGGCGCUUGAAAAGAAUUUAUUUAAGGGAAUCUCUUCUGCUUGCUCAUCAGGAAAUGGAGAAACUUCUUGUCUACCUUUGAAGCAUACUUCACCUGCUUCCUCUUGUAAGACUUCAACGUCUAAGUCAUCUCGUAAGGUUCUCUCAACUCGUGUGGCCAAAAGAGCUGGGUCCAUAUCUGAUGCCUCUCCUUCUUUGCCUUCACCAUCGCUGAAAAGGCCUGCAAACAUUUUUACUCGUAAACCAGUUCCUGUGGAAUCAAAACUUCCAAAGGCUCCUGUUUCAAAACCAAGGCAACAAUCACUUCUUGCAACCAGCAAUAGUACUAUACGUGGGACGGCUUCCUCCGCGAAAAAUCAGAUUCUGUGUCCUGUUGUUAACAAGCAGAGGAUUGUGGAACCAAAGAGCUACUCAAAAGGUGUGAAUAUUCGAAAGGGUAAAGCCAAGGGCGGUCCUGAGUCAUUACCGGUCAAGUCCUCAUCCUUGACUGCAAAAAGAAACAAAGUUCAUCCACAAUCCAGUAUGCUGGCAUCAACCCCACUAGCCUGUCCGCAGGUUAACAAAGUUGGAAUUUCUGACCAAAAGAUGAUUCAAGAAGACGGCAUUCAUACUAGAGAAGGGCAAUUGUCUGAAGAUCAAGAUGAAAUUGGACGAUUAGGUGGUUCUCUUCCUUCAAACAGCAUUAUUGCAGAUAAGACACAGCAACAUUCAAAAGUUCAAUUGAGUAAACCCUCUGGUUUAAGAAUGCCUUCACCAUCAUUAGCAUUUUUUGAUCAGUCAAAAGUUUCAGCAUCUAAUAGAAUUUCAAGGAGAGUUGUUGAUUCUAAUCCUCGAGUAGAAAAGUUGAGCGACAAGAGGCCUCCAGCAAAAGUUCCUCAAGUUUCACAACCCAAUUUGCCAAGUACAAAGUCUUCGGAUGCAAGUUCAAAAACAACUCUUCCAAAUACAUCAAUUACCUCCGGUGUACUGGAAGAUGCAGGGCAAAAAGGGACCAACACUUUGGACAAACAUGAGCGCAAUGGGCUUGAUAGUAAUGAGCAAAUGACGAUGCGUAUGACUGGUAAUGAAGAAAAGCAUCAUCCCAGAAAUGACAUCACUGUCACUUCUGCAGGCAGAGGAGUUCAGAUAAGUGAUUGUGAGAUUCCCGUAGUAUCCGAUUCAUGCAAUCAUUUGUUUAAAAAUGUUUAUGCCACCGACUGGAACUUUGAUGGAAAAUCUAAUCUAGAAUCUACGGGCAGCGAGAUUUCCAAGCUUUUGUCCCAACAAAACUUCACACCUUGUGCAACAGAAGUAGCUGGAACUGUAAGUACUAUUAAAAGUGUACUCAAAGAAGAAAAUUCCAGCAACUUUGCUGAUACUAAGCAUGUCGUCGCCAAUGAAUCUCAGAGUGGUGAGGUGGACAAUGGCAAAGUUCCGAGUUCUUCCAUGUUGAGAAGUAAUUUCAUGAGUUGCCCGUCAGAUCUUCAUCAACCUUCUCGUUGUCUUAGUAAUGAGGUAGAAACUUCCACUGGUAAUGAGGAUUCAGUACUUGAUUUAUGUGAUCCUCUUCUGUCUGAAGAUGGAAACUCGGAGAAGCUGAUUGGACAUUCACAAAGUUCUGCAGGUGAAAUAUUUGUUGACGGAACUUAUAAAAAUGUAGAAUCUAGUAAAUUCGAAUUAGAAGAUUCAGUUAUGAUGGAUGAUAUCACUGAAAACUCCCACAUACCAGAAGCACCAGCGCAGAUCCCUGAUCCACCUUCCUUGAUAGCUAAGAUGAGUGAGAAUAGUGUUGAUCAAUCUUCAGAAACUGGAUAUUUAAGUAUUCGAUCUCAUAAGCUUCUACAGCUUCCAACUGCUUGCCUCAAAGUUGAACAUUUGUCCAGGAACAUUCCUGGGUCGCCUGGUCCUGACUGCAAGUGGAUUGAGGAGCUUACAUGUUCUGAAAACAACCAGAAAUAUGUUUCUGAGUCGCCCCUAGUAGCCAUUUCAGAAGAAAGAGGUAACAUUGCAGUUGAUGAUGCUGGUACCCUAAUGACAGGUGCAGUCAUUCAUACCAACAAAAUUACCAGACUCUCUUACUCAGAGUUGGGUUUUGAUCAAGUUGUCCAGCCAGUUGUAAAUCAGGAGCAUCUGCUCCACAGAAUUACUGGUUCUGUUGCCUACCUCAGUGAUGAACCGAGCUCAUCGGUUACACCUUCACAUUCAUCUAAAGUGUUGGAUUUAAGAGGAAACGAAUCUCUUACAAUGUUGGAACCUACGCAUCGAGAUUUGUUUGAUGGUUCAUGUUUAGAGAAUCAGGUGGCAGAUAUUAGCCAGACCAGAUUGUCAUCAUCAAGCGAGAUUUGUAAUGAAAUCCAGAAAUGUGAUCUUCAAACUGCUGCAGUAUCUGACCCCACCUUGCAUGCUUGUAUUCCGAUUAAGUUGGAAAGACAGUGCAGCAUAUCAGAACCUGUGAAUGUUAAGGAAAAAGAUGGAUUCCAAAAGGAUUCUGUUGAUACAGUCAAUUUCUCUCAUGCUGGAGAUGAUUCAGAGCACUUUACUGGUGGCUGUGAGCCUGAUUUAAUUAUUGGCCAUGCUUCAGUUGUAUGCGAUCAAUUUGCCGAAAGUACUGAUUGUACAGUAGAAUCUUGCCAACAAGAAUCAGCAAGCUGCUGCCUAUUAGUAAAGGCAGUUCCAGAGGACAACAUUAAGUUGCUUUCAGGGCAUUGCUUGAACGAAGAAAGAGAUGAGGCCGCUUAUUCUGAAGAAAGUGUGCCACAUGCUGUUCCAGAUAAAAGAGAUCCUUGUGAGAGUGAAUUUGGAAGUUCUAAAGAAAUCAGUAAAACACUCACUGGACUUCCAGCACAAGGAAAUGAGCAUGACGAAGAUGAAAGUAUCGAGUGGCAUUGCGUUGAAGCUUUAAGAUUUAGUUACACUGAAUUUCAUUCUUCUUUUGAGUGCAGAGGCUCGUUAAUUCAAGAAGAUCUAACACUGCCUGAGGGCAAACAAUGUGCCGUUGCUGAGGAAAUUCAAGUUGAAGUUUGCCAGAACAGGGGUGAUCUAGUUGGGGACGCUAGAUGUGAUGUUGUCGCUUUGUGUCAGGAGAAGGAUGAAAAAUCUACUACAGAAAUUGGCAAAAAGAACUCCUUGAGGAUUUCAAAUGAGAAAAAUGUUUCAAUCCUUCCUCCUAAAAACGCAGUUCCCUUCUCUGAUGAAUGGUUAGCUGCUAUUGAAGCAGCCGGCGAGGAAAUAUUGACCAUGAAAGGCGGUGCUGUGCAGAAUUCUCCGCCAGACAAGUCUGCACCUGAACCUAGUCCAUGGUCUCCUGUCAAGAAGAAAAACAACGCGAUUGGACCCUAUGACUGCACAAAGUACACCAACAAUUAGUCGUCUAUUCCCUCGAUAAUCGUCUAUUCCCUCGAUAAUCAGCUAGGUUUGACUUGAAAUUCAUUCUUCUAAUUAGAUAGUGAGACUGGAAUAAAUUACGUCGAUUCAUUCUAGUUCUCCUAGAUGCAUUCUCUUGUACUUCUUUCACGAGGCAAUUGCCUAUUGCUGAGCAUCAAUCCUGUCAAAGUGACUGCCAAACAAUACAUUUCUAAUGCAAUUUUUGCCCUGUUCCACGCACAUUUGGAUCUCUGGAGAACACUUUUAUCUUUACUUGGCUACCUCUAGAUUGCUUAAAUAAAAACUGAAAUCUCUAAUGCUCUGUUCUCUUAGGAAAAAAGUCAUAAAGAUGUCAUUUUUCAAACAACAAACCAUUCAUAUUUUCAUAACAUCAAAGCAUCCAUCGGUUCAAUUAUUAAUUAAGUACUGGAAGACAAACACAGGGCAUCAUCAGAAAACCCUAUUCUAAGAGUAGCAAGAAACACACUUCAAAUCAGUUCUACAAGAUGAAGGGACCAAAUAGGAAACAACUUCUAAUGCAUGACAGAUUCACCGGAAAUCUUGUAGUUAACCGGGCGGCCAGUUCAUCUGCCGUCCUCCGAGCAGGUGAAUGUGAAGGUGGUAAACAGACUGGCAUCCCUUAGGUCCAUCAUUGAUGACAACCCUGUAGCCAUCAUCAAGACCUUCUUGCUUAGCAACAAGCUUUGUGGCGUAAAGAAGGCGACCCAGAAUGUCAACGUGCCUUUCUUCAGCCUUGGAGAUUCCGGUGAGGCCAUCUUUGACUUUGGGGAUAAUCACAAUAUGUGUUGGCGCUUGAGGGUUUAUGUCUCUGAAAGCCAAAACCUUUUCAUCUUGAUAAACGAUCGUUGCUGGGAUUUCUCCGUUGACGAUCUUGUCAAAUAUCGUCGGAGCAUCUUCCGGUGGAGGGGCUGCCGCCAAGGCAGCUUCUUUCUCUGAUGCCAUAGCUGGAAUUUGUCAGACACGAGCUAGGGCUGAGACUUCUAUAUAAACAAGCAAAUGUUAAUCAGAAUUGGGCUUCGUGGAUUAUAACGUUUGACUUCUCGUUGAGCUGGGUUUAUAUUCUUGGGAUGGGUCCAAUGGGCUCAGUUCUGCUUACAUUAAGUGUUAAUUUUGUUGAUUUCUAAGCUUGAUUAUCCAAUUUUCCUCUUACUAUUCUUCAAUAUCUUUCUGAAGAAUAACCUUCCCUG